AUGACGCCUACUGCACAAGCGCAACGAAAGAUCCUGCUUCAUAAGAGCCGCCAGAUCAGGAAGGAAGAUGCGGCAAAUCUGAGGACCCUCACCCAAUCCUCGAAAUUAAACGGCGCUUGCAUUACAAGCCUUGCGCAAUUAUCGCGAUUCAUCCAAUGGCUGAGACUAUUGUUCCACAUGAAGAUUGCGCGGAACGAUUUCGAUGGAACGAUCACACCAUCGGACGAAGAGUACGAGCAUAUGGCAGCAAUCAACCGGUCCGAAGCAAUAGAUCGCGCUUUGGAGAGAGAAGCUACUAACCUUCGGCACGAGACUAAGCUGGUCCUUGUAGGCAAUCCACAGGGUGGCAAAGAGCUGAUAAUGCAUCAGCUGAAAGUGCAGUUCGCCGAAGGUUAUGAUAAGACGGAAGAACGAUUGAAGUACCGCCCCGCAGUUUACCAAGUUGUAAGGUCGCUCAUAUCGUCGAUCACGAACUUACUCACAGAAACUGGCGUUACGCUCUCUGCCGAACUGACCCACGACUUCGCCAUUUUGUUGCACGAGCUAGACGCCAGGGAGGAAGGCAUAUCGUCUGACGCCGUCAAGGCAAUCACCAGAAUCUGGUCCUGUCCCGAAUUCUCCAAACUAUACGUCCGGAACUUCGAGAUUGUAUUUCCACAGUACGCGCCAUACUUCGUGCAAGAAGCACCACGCAUAGCCGAGGAAGAUUAUGUCCCCAGCGAGGCUGACAUCAUUCGCCUAACCCGAUCUGGUGGUGGCAUCAACGAAACACGCUUCAACUGGGACGAGCUAGAUAUCCACCUCUUCAACAUCAAAGGCUACGUCCCUCAACACUUCAAGGAGCGCUGGUACCAUCAACUCGAAGACGCGACUGCCGUCAUCUUCACUGUUGACGUAUCCCUCUACAACAAGCCCAGCCCCGAACGGCCCUCCGAAUCCAUCCUAGUCCACGAAUUUGAAGGCUUCGAACAAUGGGUCAAUCGUCCCGGUUUCGCCAAAUCUACCAUCAUCCUCAUCCUCAACAACUUUACCCGCUUCGUCAGCAAAAUGGCCUACGCACCCUUGGAGAAGCUUUUCCCCGAUUACGUCCGCAACGAAUCCGAUCCGGAGUUGAGUGCACGUCAAUACAUUCUCCGGCGUUUCAAGAACAUGAACCAUCAGUGUCUUUCGAUAUAUUCUUUCUGGGUCGAUUUGGAUUCGAGCGAUAAUCAGCAUUUGUACGGUGCGCUUAAGAAGACACUGAGCCAGGUUCAGGCGAGGAAGGCGCAGGAACAGGCUUGGUGUGAGGGGCUCUCGGCUGCGACAGAGUCGGAUAGGCCGUCCACAAAUGGGCUGUCGGUUGCGUUGAGUCCGACAAGGAGUCGAAGUCGGAGUGGGGGGAGGAAGAAGUAG